CGCUCACCACGGAAAUCGUUAUAUUCUUCAAGUUUUCCGUAUUUCUAUGGACGCCCGUCUUCGUCGAGUAAACAAGGAGAUUGCUGAUUGCAAGAACGACAAGACCUCCAAUAUCAGGAUCGAACUCAUCGAUGAAUCGCCAUUUCAUCUAAAAGGGUCGUUCCCAGGUCCUGAUGGCACGCCAUACGAAGGCGGGCACUUUGAAGUUGACAUUGUGAUUCCCGAAUCGUACCCCUUCCAGCCUGUGAAGAUGAAAUUCAUAACCAAGGUGUAUCAUCCGAAUAUCUCGUCGGCCUCUGGAGCAAUUUGUCUCGACAUUCUUAAAGACGCCUGGUCGCCUGUCCUCACCUUGAAAUCUACCUUGAUAUCGCUCCAAAGCCUUCUCUGCUCACCGGAACCAAAUGAUCCACAGGACGCUGAAGUCGCAAAGCAUUACUCCACGAGCAAAUCUAGCUUCGAGGACACCGCGAUAUAUUGGACGCAAAUUUACGCAGGCGGGCCAGGCCCUAAGGAGAAGAAAGGAAAGGGCUCGAGUAGAUCGGAUGUAAGGGAUGAAGUGGCGAUUGCGGGGCUUGAGAAAGCACACGUUGACCAGUUUGAAGCUCUCGGUUUCCAGAGAAGCAAAGUUAUUGACGUUCUCCGACGGCUGAACUACCGUGGAGCUAACGUGGCUCAGAUUACAGAUGACAGGGUUGUAGAAGAACUGUUGAAAUGAUCAUCUUCGUUUUGAGAUUUCUUUUCUGCAGUC